GGCGGGCGGCUGAGUAGGGGUACGGCACUAAUCGUCUCCAUUGCUGUUGGAGCCUCUGAGCCGAGCAGGAGGCUGAGUCUUGUCCGCUUUCUUUGCCACUUUGAGUCGCCGAGCGUCCUCGCUUUCCCCCAACCGCAGCCAUGGCGAAGAUCGUAGGCAGCCUGUCUGAAUUUGAGGCCGAACUGAAUUCUGCUGGUGACAAGCUUGUAGUUGUUGAUUUCUCAGCCACGUGGUGUGGACCAUGCAAAAUGAUCAAGCCUUUUUUCUAUAGUUUGUGUGAGAAGUAUGGGGAAGUGGUGUUCAUCGAAAUUGAUGUGGAUGAUGCCCAGGAUGUUGCUACACACUGUGAUGUGAAGUGCAUGCCAACGUUCCAGUUCUACAAGAGUGGGAAGAAGGUGCAGGAGUUCUCUGGGGCCAAUAAGGAGAAGCUGGAAGAGACCAUUAAAAUUCUAGUCUAAUCUCCAACCAUGGAGACAUUGAAGCAUGACUGCUUUGGCUAAAUUAUGGCCUGUAACUUUUCUACUUAAACAAAUCUAAACAUGGGGAUAGUUUUGACCACUUAACCUAGCUAACUUGGUCUAUGUAAAUGAGUACAAUAAAGUGUAAAUUCUUCA